UUGGCAAGUGGUUCAAAGGUGAGGAAAAGCCGCUCGGGUCUCACCCGCUCCGCACCCUGCCUGCCAGAGGGGCACAGCGGCUUGGAGGAGCUUACGGUGAGCCCGGCGGCUGAUGCGUGCAAUUGCUGCCGGCUCUCAGGAAUUUCCUUUGAGCACCAACAAUGCCACUGGAAUGCAUUUGGGGAAACGAUGACUCUUGCCUUUCUCUUCCAUGUCUUCCUGCCCUUUUGAUGGUUUUGCAAUUGAAUUGAUUCAGAAGAAAUACUUUCCAAGAUCAUGACCGAAGAAAAAAGUCUUGGUGUGUCUCAGAAAGUCUUGUCCCCUUCAAGAAGUACCAGCAGCUGCUCUUCUAAGCAGGGAAGUAGACAGGACAGCUGGGAAAUUGUAGAAGGGUUACGGGGAGCCAUGAAUUACACACAGGAACCAUCGAAACAGGAAGGCUACCUGCUGAAGAAGAGGAAAUGGCCUCUGAAAGGCUGGCACAAGAGAUGCUUCUUUCUGGACAAAGGAAUUCUGAAGUAUGCAAAAAGUCCAGCUGAUAUAGAGAGAGGGAAGCUGCAUGGGUGUAUAGACGUUGGGCUUUCAGUGAUGUCUGUGAAGAAAUCGACAAAAUGUAUAGAUUUGGAUACAGAAGAACACAUUUAUCAUUUAAAGGCAAAAUCUCAGGAAGUCUUUGAUGAAUGGGUAGCAAAGCUGCGCCAUCAUAGAAUGUAUCGUCAAAAUGAAAUUUCUAUGUUUCCGCAUGAUAUCAACAACCAUUUCUUCCCAGCAGCAGCAUCUGUUACAGAAUCCAUCGCUGGCCUUUUGGAAUCCACAUCAAGCAGAAAGAGAGGCAGUAUGACGCAACAAAAUUCAAUGCAGGCUGGAAGUAGUUUAUCAUUCUCCUGUUCAAACAAUGAAUCGAGGAUUCCAUCUUGGCUGCAGUCGUCUGAGGAUAUGGAAAGGUGCUCCAAAGACCUUUCCCACUGUCAUAACUAUCUCUUGGAGAUGAGCCAGCUUUUGCAAAGUAUGGAAGUUCUCCAUAGGACGUACUCAGCACCUGCCAUAAAUGCCAUGCAGGGCAUCCCUUUUGAAAGUCCUAAAAAGGAAAAAAGAACACACAGGAGGUGGCGUACCCGAGGUCUCGGUAAAGAUGCUAAAGCAAUGUUGCAGGUACCAACUGUUCUUUCCGCUCCGCUGAGACUACAUGCUUCCAAUCCUAAUUUAUCUACAUUAGAUUUUGGUGAGGAGAAACUUUACUCUAAUGGUUCUGAAACAACAUCAGAAUUUUCUAAAAUGCAAGAAGACUUGUGUCACAUAGCACACAAAGUGUACUUUACCUUAAAGACGGCUUUUAGUACAAUCUCGACAGAGAGAGAGAAGUUGAAGCAGAUGUUUGAACAUGAUUCAGCCUCAUCUCCAGCGGCACAAAUAGUUGGACUGAAGAAUGCCUUAUCAUCUGCCAUAGCACAAAACACAGAUCUUAAAGACCGGUUACGCAGAAUACAUGCCGAAUCUAUGCUCCUUGAUUCAGCAGCUAAUGCAAAAUCCAUCCCUGAUUUGGCAAAGGAAAAUUCAGACGAUGAAAACAGGGGUCUAGUUCACCAGAUCUCCAACGAAAGUCGACUGUCUAUCACAGAUUCCCUCACAGAGUUUUAUGAUGCACAGGAAGUCCUGCUGUCUGCCAGUUCUUCAGAAAAUGAGGUAUCUGAUGAUGAUUCAUAUGCCAGUGAUGUAAGUGAUAACAUCUCUGAAGACAACCUAAGUAACGACAUAGAGAAUGAAAGGCAGACUCUUGACUGUGUUCCUGAUGGGAGCCUGGAAUGUCAUUCCAAGCGGAGGACGUGUCUGCCAGCUCCAUGCCCCAACACUAGCAACAUCAGCCUCUGGAACAUUCUGCGGAACAAUAUCGGGAAAGAUCUCUCCAAGGUGGCUAUGCCAGUAGAGUUAAAUGAACCACUGAACACUUUGCAGCGACUCUGUGAGGAACUGGAGUACAGUGACUUGCUGGACAAGGCAGCACAUACACCUAAUCUGUAUGAAAGGAUGGUAUAUGUGGCUGCUUUUGCUGUAUCUGCCUAUGCAUCCAGUUACUACAGAGCUGGAAGUAAGCCAUUUAAUCCUGUGCUUGGAGAAACCUAUGAAUGUGUCCGUGAAGAUAAGGGUUUCCAGUUUUUUUCUGAACAGGUCAGUCAUCACCCACCUAUAUCUGCAUGCCAUGCUGAAUCGGAUAACUUUGUGUUUUGGCAAGAUAUCAGAUGGAAAAACAAAUUCUGGGGGAAAUCCAUGGAAAUUGUGCCAGUUGGUACAACACAUGUAAUUUUGCCAGCUUUUAGGGACCAUUAUGAAUGGAAUAAGGUGACAUCUUGCAUUCAUAAUAUCUUAAGUGGACAACGAUGGAUAGAGCACUACGGAGAGAUCAUAAUCAAGAAUCUGAAUGACCACAGCUGUCACUGCAAACUUACUUUUGUAAAGACAAAAUACUGGAAUCACAAUAUUCAUGAGAUUGAAGGCAGUGUUUUGGACAAAAAUGGAAAAGUAGUACAUCGUCUUUUUGGAAAAUGGCAUGAGAAUAUAUACUGUGGAACAUCGUCUUCGGCAAACUGCAUCUGGAGAGCAAAUCCAAUGCCUAAAGAUUAUGAACAGUGGUACGGUUUCACACAGUUUGCAUUAGAAUUAAAUGAAUUGGACCCACUCACUAGACCACUGUUACCAUCUAGUGACACACGAUUCAGACCAGACCAAAGGCUACUAGAAGAAGGGAAUAUUGAAGGAGCAGAAGUACAAAAGCAGAGGAUUGAGCAACUACAGAGAGAGCGGCGGAAAGUUCUAGAAGAAAACAGUAUGGAACAUCAACCUAGAUUUUUCAGGAAAUCUGCAGAUGAAUCCUGGGUCAGCAAUGGAACCUACCUGGAACUUAGAAAAAACCCCAGUUUCUCCAAGCUGGAUAAUCCUGUUCUGUGGUGAAAAAGGAAAAGAGAAGCGGACGUUUCGCUAUUGUUUCUCUUGAUUAUAAUUUAUAAGGAAGGAAAUGCUGCAUAUCACUUUGAUCUUCUAGACUUCUGCUUGAUUUAGAUUUUUGACAUGCACAGUUAUUUGGUUCUGUGGCCAUAGCUAGACCUAAGGUUUAUUCCUGGAUCGUCCAGGGGUCAAACCUGUUCAACUAGGUGACACACAGGACAUCCAACCUUAGGUCUAGCUGUGGCCCCAGUCUAUUUUGAUAGUAGCCCUGAUUUGUUUGAAUGUACAAAAACUCUAACUUGCUUUACAUAUGCUAUUUAAUAAACAAUUAAUGAAUGUGGUCUCUGAGAGGGGGGAGAAGAGAGAGACGCUUUAACACUAUUUUU